GCAAUUCAUCCCAUAACAUAACCUAUGUUUGUGUUAGCGUGUGAAACUGUGAACAUUACAAAUUAAAUUAUUGAAAAAUUGUUAGUAACUUGUUCAUCUUAUAUAAUUCAUUUUAAUGAAAAGCAAACAUGUCUAAAGUAACUAAAAGGAAACAUGUGAUGAAUGAAGCUCUGUGGGACGACUAUGAGAUGCCUAAAGAGAACCAAAGUAUUGUAAAAGUUUUGAAAAGUAAAGGCAAUAACUUGCAUGAGAUUACAACCCCUACUGGCGAGGAAUACUUGGUGUCUAUGCCAACUAAAUUCAGAAAGAACAUUUGGGUGAAAAGAGGUGAUUAUAUUCUCGUUGAACCAAUACCAGAAGGUGAUAAAGUAAAAGCGGAAAUAGUUAAAAUAAUGAAUAAAGACUCUAUCAAAUAUUACAAAGAAAAUAAUGUGUGGCCGAAAGAGUUUGACGAGAAGAAGGAAACUAGUGCUGAUGGUGAUGAUGAGUUAUUUGUGAACACUAAUAGAAAACCUGUGAUGACAUAUAGUGAUAGUGACUCGGACAGUGAUAGCAGUGACGGUGAUGAUGAAAGUGAUAAAUGAUAUUAAUUGUUAAAAAAAGGUCCCGACAUAUCGAGAACUGCCUCCUCUUUGGGCAGUCGGUAAAAGAACUGUUUAUUACAAUCAAAAAUUCUCUCAGUGAUAUCUUUUGAAGAUUACUGUAAUAUAUGCUUCAAUUUCAUGAAUGUCUGCUAGAUUAAAGGCACUAUUUCACAGUGACCUGCAAGCUGGGGAAUUAAAUGAAAUGAAUAACAAUGUUUGCAAAAUAAGCAAUAUUAAUGUUACUUGUAUGUAAUAAAUGUUAAUAUUCUUAA